GGCGCCCUGGCACGGUGGCUCCCAGUCCCUGGUGGAUAACCCUGCAAUGAGGCUCCUCCUGGCGCUGCUGCUUCUGGCUGCCCUGUGUGCUGCCCUGGCCAGCCCCGGCGGCAUCCUGGUCAUGAAGUCCUGCUCCCCGACGUGCCCCAACAGCACCGUGUCCUCCGAUGGCCGCGCCCUCUCGGUGUCCUGCUGCCAGGGCAGCCAGUGCAACCGAAGCUCAGCCUCAGGCCUGGGGGGCAGCCCCGGGGCCCUGUGGACCAGCACCGCAGCCAGCCUGCUGUGGGCCCUGCUCCGGGUGCCCUGCUGAGGCCCUGGCCUGGAGUUCUCCACAUGGCCCCUGCAGCCUUGCCAGCUCCCACACACCCCACCCGAGGCAGCAGGGUCCCCGUCUCAUCGGCCACGCCCUUCCCUCCCUUGCCCAGGCCACACCUAGCCCUUCCCUGGCCCUGGGGAGAGAUAAAGGAUCCCUCCCCCAUGGGCUCUGGCCCUGGUGAGGGAGCUCCACCCCUGCCUCAGGGAAUCGCUGGUGGGUGCCCCAAAGGAGAUGCCCGCUCCAAGACCCACACCUGCAGGAGCCCCUCGGCCCUUUGCUGGGGUCCUGGGAACCCUGGCCAGCCACAAGUGGGAAGAGCCUCCCAGUUCUCUCCAACACCGUCUAUAACAAUUUCAGAGGCUAGGGGCUGAGGGGCUGGAGCUGGGGAUUUCUCCUCCUCUCCCAUGCCUGGCCUGACAGAGCUCUGUGCAUGUCACACCCCUCGGCCUCCUCUUCUGCCCACAGUGGCCCUGGAAGAAAGGACAUGGCUCAGGGGUUUAGGCUUGCCUCCCUCUGACUCUCUCCUCUCCACCAGCUGCCCAGAUCCCCCACCCCUCCCUCCCUCCCUCCCUCUUUCCCUUCCUCCCUCCCUCCAUCCCUCCAUCCGUCACAAACCUGCCCAGGGUGUCCUUGCAGCAGGUACCCUGAAGAGGGACCUGCCACUGGGGGCUCAGUCUGCUGGUCAGUGUCCCCACCCCAGGGACCCUUCUCAGCCCCAUCCAGGUGAACAAUGGCCUUUUAAAUGGUCCGCUGGUUGUCCACUGUGGGGAGGUGAGUCACCUUGGGGCUCAGUGUCAGGCACUGGAAUUGGGGGUGUCCAUUCUCACUGGGCAUGGGGGGCUCAUCCUGGCCCUCCAGGCAGGGACCCCUGCAGUGCCCCCCCAGAAUAAAGCUGCCAGUUCUGUCUGUUCUCACUCUCAGAGUGCCUGGUCCAGGGCAUGUUCCUCAUCCCUAGCCAGCUGCGCCUGGGAAAGGGGUAGGCAGGCAGGGGGCGCUUUACAGAGGGGAGGGUAGAAUUCUUGGUGCUCAGGCCCAGGUGUGGGAGAAAUGCUUCUGGUUUGUUACCUGGGAAUCCUGAGUCCCCCCUGAGCCCUACUCAACCAUAAAGGCAGAAACACAUGUGCAGUCAGUCUUGAGUCGGGGGUUGCCUGGGGUCCUCUGGGGAGCCCUUCUGAG